GCAUGAAAUAUAAAUAAACAAUUUUUUUUAGGGCUCUCCUCAUUUAUUAUUAUUAUUUUCUUCUUCUUUAUUCUUUUUAACACUCUCUUACACUAUGGACACCUUUCCUUAUGAAAUAUUAGAAAAUAUCGCAAGCCAGAUUACUACAGAUCAUCAAUAUAAUGCAUUAACCGUAUGUAAAGGGUGGUAUUUACCCUUUUGUCGAUCCCUUUACCGUCAUAUUCAUUUUACCAGUCGACAUCAAUUUAAAAAAUUCAUGUCCACUAGCCUUGUACAGCACGGCUCAUGGAUUCGGACCCUUCACAUUGGCAUCCCUAAAUCGUUUAAAUGGGAAGAUUGUGUCACAGGCGCUAUACCAUUGUUGCCCGUUCAAGUCGGUGUUACCUUACACGAAUUAUCCACACUCAUUCUUUACUUACCUUUAUUACAAUCCCUGAAUUUCGAUCCUCGCUUAUGGCACUUUAUGAAGACGGAUAAAAUUGAUUUCCCACACCAUAUCAUCAGUUUACCGCCAUUGGAUCAUCCCAGACAGUUUCGGUUCAUGCAUCAAAGCCUUCGUAAGCUUCAUUUGCGUGGUGCAGAUAUAUUCCGUUGUCAUGGUGAUAACGGACUAUUGGAAGCCUUGAAGGGUAUGACGUCUUUAGAAGAUUUAACCGUGGAUGGCGAUGGCAUGUGGGAUAGCGAGCAUGUGAUGCAAUUUUCCAUGAAUGAUAUGAACACGUUGCAUACUUAUUUACCUCGACUAAGGCGCUUAGACAUGACAGACUCGAUCCAUUUCGUGAGGACAGCUGAAGAGGAUCACACUAAAUUCGAAAACAUCGCGAUACAGCACUCAUUAAGCUCACUGGUAUUAUCUGCUUCGGUGGAUUGUUUAGAUACGUGGUGUGAGUAUUUUGGUUGGAGCUACCCACGCCUUUCCAGUUUGAAUAUCAAAUUAUCGUGCCGUGACAAUAAACAAACACUUGCAUUAAGGCGGUGGAUAAACAAAUUAUCACAUUUGAAGCAUUUGACUAUCCAUCCUAGCAUGGCCAAAGAGUUCAUGGACGAAAAGACCUUGGAUUCUGCUAAACUUAUUCAAACCUUGGAAACGGGACUUUGGGGUCAUGAUUUGCAGACAAGUACAGAUGCAUUUCAUUGUCUCAGCCAAUCUACUUUAGCUCAAAGAACCACACAUCUCGUGAUACCAAUUUGGAGUGCCGUAAUGGAUUUGUCUGCUUGUACAUCGCUGGCCAAGUUGGAAUUAUCUUGCUUACAUCGAGACGGCCAGGAAUUCGCCAUGGACGUAAUCUUGAGUAGCUGUCCCGUAUUAAACCAUUUAGAGUUGAGUUGGGGAAAUUUAUCCUCAGGCACAUAUUGGAGAAAACAUGGUCAUCUAAAGACGCUUCGUAUGAACCAUGUGGUGGUGCAAGGAGACCACCUAUUUCAUGAUCUUUCUAUACAAUGUCCCAGUCUGGAAGGCUUGUUCCUGAGGCGAUGCGGAGGAGUCCAUCAACUGGACAUGCCAGGCACACAUUUCAAAUAUAUGGUUGUUUCGGAACUUUUAAUAGAAACAAGUAUUAUCAUGACCUAUUUAAAGCUUAUUCAAUUUCAAAAACUGCAACAACAACGACAAAGACAAGCCGCCAAACAAUCCAUAGCUCGUUUCUAUAAAUCCUAUCAAAAUCAAACCACCUUUCAGACCUGUAUUCAACGUUUAAAAAAUGAGAAAGAGCACAUGCUUUCAAUUGUGUGUGGUUCAGUUGAGCAGCUUGUAUUUAACGGAUGUAGAAUAUAAAAGGAUAAAAAGAAAGGGUUUCCCUUUUAUUGAUUAAAACUGUACAUAAAACUUUUUUUUUCUUUUUUUUUGUUUGUUUGUUUAUUUGUUUGAGAGGGUCCAAUCUAUGCAGUGGUGGUGGCAGCGGUAGUAGUGUUUUCUGAAAGAUUCAUGGUGAACUUCUUU